GCCACCACUCAUCCAGGCCUAGCGAUCGAUUGAGCCGUUCAGUUUCCUUUUCACUCUUUCUUUCUCCCUUACUAUCUCUUGCUUCUUUUUGUUUUUCUUACCUUGUCUUUGGGUUCGUCGUGGAGAAGAAUGCAGAGAUCUGUCCAGAAAGCCAUCAUUUGGCUGGGAGCCAUCUUCAUCACAUACUAUGUCUUUUCAAUUCUCUUCAACGGGCGUGCAUCACAACCUGGCCACUCGAAAGCGAAUUCGCAACAAGUCUCCGUCAAGCUAAAAGGCGACCCGCAACGAGCCGGAGCAAUAGUCGAAGCAUUCCGAUUUUCGUGGGAUAAGUACGAGCAAUUUGCUGCACCUCAUGAUACGUUAUUGCCGAUAAGCAAGUCUUAUGAGGACGAUCGCAAUGGAUGGGGUGCGACGGCAGUUGACGGGCUGAGUACAGCGAUUAUCAUGGAGGAUGCUGAAAUUGUGGAUAAGAUUCUCCGACAGAUCAUGCUCACGGAUUUUACUGUAACCGCGGUGCCUGAUCAACCUAUCUCACUUUUUGAGACCACCAUUCGCUACCUUGGAGGUCUUUUAUCCGCUUACGACCUGCUGUCUGGAUCAUACAAUCACCUUGCCACGGAUAUCUAUCUGAGAAACAACCUCCUGAAAGCGGCCGUCAUUCUUGCAGACAGACUCAGCAUCGCCUUCGAUACGCCUUCCGGCAUUCCCGACGAUGAGAUCAUCUUUAACCCUCAGCUCCGUCGCUUCGGCAACAUCGACAACUCCAUCACUUGCUUCGGCACACUUGUUCUCGAAUGGACUCGAUUAAGCGAUUUAACUGGCAACCAGACCUACGCCAAGCUCGCACAGAGAGCUCAAGAUCAUCUGAUUCAUCCUAAGACGAAACAGUCCUUCACACUUCCAGGUCUGAUUGGGACAUACGUCAAGCUCAAAGAUGGGUAUUUUGGUGAUUAUCAAGCUGGUUGGGGAGGUGGCUCGGAUAGCUACUAUGAGUAUUUGAUCAAGAUGUAUGCGUACGAUCCAGUUGCUUUUGCUGAGUAUGGGGAGAGCUGGAUUCAGGCGGCUGAAUCAAGUAUGUCCUACCUGGCUUCUUCGCCCUCGACGAGACCGGAUCUCAUUUUUCUGGGAGAGAUGCGUGGAAAUACCAUGAUCCCUAUCUCAAGUCACCUGGCGAGUGUUUGUGGCGGCUCUCUAAUCCUUGGCGGGCUACUUCUUCAGAACCAAACCUUCGUUGACUUUGGCGUCAAACUCUCGGAGUCGUACUAUGAAGUCUACCGCCAAAGCCCCAGCGGUAUUGGUCCCGAACUCUUCCGCUGGGUCGACGACGGCCGCCAACCUUUAGCCAGAGCAUCAUCCAAACGCCUCCCCGCUCCAAAAUGGCAAUCCUUCUACGAAAAGAGCGGCUAUUACCAUACCAACGCCGAAUACAUCCUCCGUCCAGAGACCAUUGAAAGUCUUUACUACGCCUAUCGCGCCACUGGGGAUCGUAAAUACCAGGACUGGGCAUGGGAGGCUUUCGAGUCGUUGAACAGAAUGUGUAGGGUUGAGGGCGGAUAUACGGGUUUGAAGAGUGUCAUGAAGACGAAGGAUGAUAAGACGAGGAAGUUUGUGGAUAAGAUGGAGAGUUUCUGGUUAGCGGAGACGUUGAAGUAUUUGUAUUUGAUGUUUGCAGAGGAUUCGGAGAUGCAGGUCAGGAGUGAUGGGAAGAUGAAGUAUGUGCUUAAUACGGAGGCUCAUCCGCUUCUUGUACGAGGAAAGUAGUUUAUAAUACGAGAUGGAUAAGCGGUUUCUCAGUUUAAAUUAUUG